GAGCUUAUUCUUGCUGAACCUACAUAACCCUGCACGGGACCGUAGCCACACCCCAUCUGUGUUGGCGACUUUCCUGUCUCUGACUGUGCUCUCUUCUGCAUCUGGCCCCAGACUUUGUGCCCACUUUCGCUGGCUUCGACGAUCAUCGUCCAACAACACAAGACCUAUUUCUCCAUGUCUCCCCUCGCCCGAGCUAGCCAAACAUCCUUCCGUACCCUUGCUAGGACGUCGCCCUCGCACGUGAGGACACUCUACACGAAUAGGGAGCACGUCGCACACAACAACUUCCCCUUCUCCUACGAAAACAAGCGCAAGUUUGCUGUGAAGAUAGGUGCCUCGCUCACAGUGGCAUUCCUCGUCCCUUUCAUCGCCGCAGGCUACCAGCUGCGGAAGUCCGCUGGCGGCGCGAAUUGAGGAGACGAUGCUGCACUUCUGCGAGUGCGAGCUGAGGCAACGGCCGAGAGUAUGAGCUUCGAAUUUGGUUAAUUUCCGGAAUGUGCGAAGACGGGUAGUGGUGAGGGAGAGGACAAUCGCCCAUGGGCGGUGGACCGAAACGUAUUCUGUAUCAUAGUCGCUGUUCUGCAUGGCACACUUUCUAUUGCAUAUCAUUGUUCUAAAUCC